AAAAUUGAAACAUGUCUACCAUACUGUACUCCUCUCGGGGUCAUUUCUUCAAGCACCUUUCAUCCACCACGACUCUUUGUGCCACCUUCUUCUCCGGCCGCCGUAUUUGCCGACCCCAAACACAUUCCUGGUUUACAUCUUUCACUUAUACCCCUCAUCUAACUAGAAAACACCAGGGCAGGUUCAUUACAACUGGCGCAGAACUGUCAACGCCAUCAUCCUCCACUGCACCACUGCUUCCUUCAAAAGUUUCGGGUGGAGACUCACUCACUUCAUCUUACCUCUCUGUCAGCAUCCGCUGCGAGAAGGAUGUUUCUGAUAUGCUUUCAGAGGCUCUUCUGUGCUAUGGAGCCAGUUCAACAACAGUGGAUGAAAGUGAGGAUGGAAAUGAGGUUCGCUUGGAGUCUAUAUUUUAUGUUAGUCAUGAUGUGAAGCAGUGCAUUUCUCUAGCUUCCAAUUCCAUUGGUUUGGAAAAGAUUCCUACCUAUCAAGUUGUGGUGCACAACCAAUCUGAUUGGAUUAAAGCAGUUCAGGACUCUUUUCAGCCAGUGAAAGUUAUGGAGAGACUUUGGAUUGUACCUGAGUGGGUACCUGUUCCGGAUCCUCGAGCAACAAAUAUUAUUCUAAAUCCCGGUUUGGCAUUUGGGACUGGAGAACACAGUACAACUAAAUUGUGUCUCUUCUUGCUGCAUGAUAUAAUAAAAGGAGGAGAGGCCUUCUUGGAUUUUGGAACAGGCUCAGGCAUCCUUGCUAUUGCUGCAAUCAAGUUUGGUGCUGCACUUUCAGUGGGUUUUGACACAGAUGCCGAAGCAAUUACUGCAGCUCAACAUAAUGCUUCUCUGAACGGUAUUGGACAUACGAAAAUCCUGGUCCAACUUGUUCCUAAAUCUAACAGCCUGCAAAUUGAUACUAGAUUGAGCGCAGAAAUGAGCACACAGGAUAUGAAUAAUAAAGAUGUGUUCUAUGAGAAAAAUAAAUAUGAUGUGGUUAUUGCGAAUAUACUGUUAAAUCCUCUUAUUGAGUUAGCAAACCAAAUUGUCUCCUAUGCCAAGCGUGGAGCAGUUGUAGGAUUAUCUGGGAUCCUUUCAGAGCAGAUCCCAUGCAUCCUAGAAUGUUAUUCAGAAUUACUUGAAGACAUGAGGGUCUCCAAUAUGGAUGGCUGGGCAUGCAUACAUGGAUUCAAGAAAUAAAACAGCUGAAGUCUUUGGUCUGCGACUAAUUUAUUAGGCACGAUGUAUUUGGAGUGAAAGACCCUUAUAGUCUGAUACGGACUAAGAAAAAUUGUUUGGUAGAAAGAUACUUAUAUGCUACAUCCAGCCCUAAACUUGGGUGAAACCACUGAAUAGGUUAAAUUUACUGAAUUAUGAGAAAAAUAUAGUACUAGUAGUAUUUUAUUAAUAAAGUAAAGAAAAAAAGUAGCUGAAAAA